AUGCCUUACGCAUUGUCACCCGAAGAUGUGCCAAGCUUUGAAGGAGAAAAGCUCUACGUGAACGAUGGUCUGCUUCGGCCAAAUCAAGUGGGCCAAUUGCGACAGUCAAGUCUCGAUCUGCCAAUGGAAGAGCUAUAUCGUCGGUACAACGAGGAUGGCUAUCUAUUCCUCAAGGGUCUUCUCCCCAGGCCAGACGUUCUAUCGGCCCGAGAAGAGUACUUCAAGAUGCUUGCCCCGAGCGGAGUCUUGAAGCCUGGCACACAGCCGGUAGAAGGCAUCUUCGAUGAUGCUAAGAACGCGAACGACUUUCCUGGAAUAGGUUCUGGAGCCUCGCCAGGAAACGGCAAACCUGGAGAUGCUACUGCCGAGAAAUUCGUGGAACUCGCAUUAGAAGCGCACUACGCACACUGGUACAAAGAGACGUUCUGCAAACAUCCAGUGCUGAAAGACUUCAUUGCGAGAAUGACAGGCUGGGGUGAUAAUACCCUUGGUGUCCGUAGAAGCCUACUGCGUAAUAACACACCAGGCAAUAAGGCUAUCGGAGUACACUAUGAUCAGAUCUUUCUCCGACAUGGCGAGCCUACCAGUGUCACCGCCUGGGUGCCGAUGGGCGACAUAUGUUUGACCGGAGGAGGUGUGAUCUAUCUAGAGAAUGGUCACACUCUUGGACGUCAAGUUGAACUCGACUUCAACCGAAAAGCCGCAGAAAGCGGGUUGAGCGAGGAAGAAGCAAAGAACGCCUUCAACCAAAACAUGCUGUCGACUGGGCUACUUGCCGACGGCCCUCGAGAAUAUGCCGAUAAUUUCAAUCGACGGUGGUUAGUAACCAGGUAUGAGGCAGGUGACGUGGUUCUGCACAACCCGUAUGCGAAGGCUGGUGUCUGGGCCUAG